AUGGCUUUAAAGAAGGCUGUAUUUAUAGUCGGUGCUCGUCGUACGCCAUUUGGCACUUAUGGUGGUAAACUAAAGGAUUAUAGUGCAACAAAAUUACAAGAACUAGCAAACAAAGCCGUAUUACAACAAGCAAAAUUAUCACCAGAACAUGUUGAUAGUGUGUUUGUUGGCAAUGUUAUGCAAUCAUCAUCAGAUGCAGCUUACCUUGCUCGUCAUGCUGCGUUAGGAGCUGGGGUUCCUAUACAUGUACCAGCGUUAACUGUUAACCGUCUGUGUGGUAGUGGAUUCCAGUCAAUUAUUUCGGGUGCACAAGAAAUUUGUUUAGAUGACGCAAAUGUUGUUCUGUGCGGUGGUUCAGAGAACAUGUCUCAAGCUCCCUAUGCCGUGAGAAAUGCUCGAUUUGGUACACGUCUUGGUCAAGAUUUAAAAUUAGAAGAUACAUUAUGGCAGGGUUUAACAGAUGAAUACGCUAAAGUCCCGAUGGGAAUAACAGCUGAAAACUUGGCCACAAAAUAUAAUAUAACACGUGAACAAGCCGAUAAAUUUGCAUUUGACUCACAACAACGUUGGAAAAUAGCAAAUGAUAAGGGCUAUUUUAAAGAUGAAAUUGAACCAAUAAAAACGAAAAAUAAGAAGGGUGUAGAAGAAUCAUUUGAUACAGACGAGCAUCCAAGACCUCAAACAACAUUAGAACAAUUAGCUAAAUUACCAGCAGUAUUUAAAAAAGAAAAAGGGACAGUGUCAGCCGGAAAUGCCAGUGGAAUAUGUGAUGGUGCGGCAGCUGUACUCAUCUGUGACGAACAAUCGCUAAAAAAGCAUAAUUUAAAACCAUUAGCACGAUUAAUAGCGUAUCAUGUGACUGGUGUUGAACCAACAAUUAUGGGAUUUGGACCUGUACCAGCUAUUCAAAAUUUAUUAAAGAAAACAAAAAAAAACGUCGAUGAUAUUGAUCUAUUUGAUAUCAAUGAAGCAUUUGCACCACAGUUUCUAUCGUGUCAACAAGUAUUGCAAAUUCCAUUAGAAAAAGCGAAUGUAAAUGGUGGAGCAAUUGCUUUGGGACAUCCAUUAGGCAGCAGUGGAACAAGAAUUACUGGUAAUUUGGUUUAUGAAUUGCAAAGACGAAAAGGAAAAUAUGCUGUUGGUGCGGCAUGUAUUGGCGGUGGACAAGGUAUUGCAGUUUUGCUUGAAAGAGUUUAA